UCAGCAAGUUAAAAAUGGAAAUCUUCAAAAGAGUUGAAUUUCAGUUACACAAGGAUUCCAUUUUAUUAAAACAGUAUAAUGGUUCCGUAAUCAAAAAUAUAAAAGAGAUGAAAUCAUCGAGGAAAAUUUUGAUGAAAGAGGACGAUUUUAGAGAAAAUAUUGGAAUUUCCCUGGAAAACGAGGAUUUCUUUGACGCUCUGGAAUCGAAGAACAUAAUACUGCGAGUGUUUACCAUAAACAAGGAGCCCGUUAUCUGCUCUGACCCCCGGGCUUUAGCCCAGAUACUGGUAUCCACGCACGUGCUGGACCAGACUAAGCUCUAUCAGAUUGACCCCCGGAAGUUCUGGGGAACAGACGUUACUGACCGCCCAGACCCCGGGCUUCUGGUGAGGGCUUUAGAAGACGUAGCCAGGCAGGGCAUUCUACGAGAGAACCUUUUCCCUGUACUCUGGCAAAAUAUAACUGACAAUGAAGACGAGAUCAGACGCUGGAUAGAGCUCCUGGGACAAAUCGGAGUCAUCUCUCGAUGCAACGCUCUCAGGACAAAAGAUUCCAAACUAGUCCUUAACACCUUCCCCAAGCUACAAAGCGACAGGGCGUACUAUGUCACGCAGGCGGAUCUUAUCCCGAACAAAAGUCCGACGAUAAGCUGGACGCCAUCACCUGUUACAGACGACAUAGAAGUCAGUGUCCUGCUGACCUCUCCCUGUGACUUUCCCUCGGGGUUUAAACAUUUACUGAUUGGCGGUUGUAGAAAUAUUGACGAGGACGAGGCUCUGUACUCAUGGAUUUGGAGUGAUGGGGUCUUGAUGCAGUUUCCCAAGGUCACGACCUGUCUCCGCUUCACGGAAAACAAAUUGUACGUCAGCGGAAGAACAAACGUACUGGAGCACCAGUCCAGACCUGAAGCUCUCAGCGCCACCUGGUGCGUGUUAUCCUAUCCACUAACGGCGGUAGAAAAUAUAAGACGCAACUGGGGGAAUCUGGAAUUGGACAGAAGUAUCAGAGUGACAGAUAGCUCCAGUCCCAGCCCGCCCCCCGGGACCGAACCACGGGGUCAGGGUGUGUAUUUACAAAUCCAUGACGUCUUCAUUAGCCCUUCUGAAAACAGACAGCUGUAUUUUCCUGUGAAAGACCUUCCCUCCAACUGCGAUUAUUUGGGAUUUCUACAACAUCUGACCACUCGGUACAAAGAGUUCAAAUCUAGAACUGUCCUAGAAUCCAGUAAAAUUCAAAACGGGAAAACUGUGCUGAAAUCGGACUGGAAAAGAAAAUGCCGUACAAAGGGGAGGCGAAUUACGUGGAUUUUGAGGGCACCAGCACAGAGUAAGAAAAUGUCGUCUGCGGAGAAUAUUUCGGGGAUGAAAAAGAAUCCCAACAACCAGUGGCGGACAUCACAGGUUACAUUUAAGGAGCAGAAUGAUACGUCGGCGUUUAUGGAACUCGUGAACGGAUUUGUGGAGGAGAUUCUGAGGAAAGGGAUGGCUAAAUACAGGGAAGACAUGUCAACUCAAAACGAGGCCAGAGGAAAGGAGGUCAAGUGGUCGAUUACAGCAGUGACGUCAAUCCACGCCACGAAUAUGGAGACUUCCGGUGUAAAUAGUCACGUGGGAAAGAAGAGAAAUUCCUCCGCCGACAAGAGUUGUGUGCCUUCAA